AUGUCAGAUCCAACAUUUGACCUACUUGUUUACCAUAAUGGGUCACUAUCUGGACACAGGAUGGCCUAUAUUGGCAGAGACAUUCUUACAAUCGCCGGUAUAGAUGCAUCCCAAUUCAAGUUUGGAGAUUUGACAAACAUUUUGGAGUGCUACCUGCAAUAUGAAUACAGCAACAUACCCAAAAUGUACUACAAGUUUGAUGAUGAGACCAACGAGCAAAUACAUGGUCUUACCAAAAAUGGUGAUUUCGCUACUCUAAAAGAAGGGCUGCUGAGUAGUGGCAGGAAAAAGCUGCAUUCUCCUCCAGAAGUGCCAGCAGUGCAACAGACACCCCAAGAGCCAGCAGCAGUACAACAUCCACCACAGGAGCCAAGGAAACGGCCAGCCGGGCGGCCAAGGAAACAGAGGGAGGAGGAGGAGGAGGAGGAGGAGGACAUUGAGUUGAGUGAUUUUGAGUUGACUGAUGGCGAGGAGGAGGACAUGUUUGUAGGGAAGGAACAGGAUGUCCUACGGGAACCGAAUGAUGAUAUAAAUACCUGGUUUCAGACUUGGGAUAAAGAUUCCAACGCGGGAAUUGGAGUCGAUGCAGCAAAUGACCCGGACGCGGAUUCAUAUGACAGUGAGUACUUUGACAGUCUAGACAGUGGUGAAGAAGACAGUGAAGGGUCAACUGUAAAGCGUAAGAAAAGGUAUCCCCAGUGGAAGAAAAAGCGGGACUGGAGUCAGACAGUGGAGUUAAGUGUAGGGUUGAGGUUUACGAACCCGAAAGAAUUUAAAGAAGCAUUGCAACUAUUCGCAGUGCAAAAUAACUUUGAUUACAAGUAUGUGCAUAACGAGCAAAAACGGGUAACCGCCCACUACAAAUCGUUAUGUCAAUGGAAAAUACAUGCCUCCUGGACGCCAUGUAGAAAGUAUUUUCAGAUCAAGACUCUCCAUGAUGAGCAUAACUGUGGCAGUGAUUACUACAACAAGAAGGCAACUAUCAGGUGGGCUGCAAAUCGAUAUGUAGAGAUUUUUCAAGACCAAAGAAGCUUUAAGGCUAGGGCGUUGAGGGAAAUGAUACGCCGAGAUUACAACGUGCAGAUGACAAUAUUGAGUUGCCAUCGUGCAAAGAAGAUGGCAAUCGAAAUCCUCGAUGGAAGAGAUGGUGAACAAUAUUGUCACACCCGAGAGUAUUGCAAUGCAUUGCGGAAGUGGAAUCCCGGUAGCUCGGCUUACAUCCAAAGGGACGGAGUGUUCUUCCAGAGGAUGUAUGUUUCUUUGAUGGCAUGUAAAGAAGGAUUCUUGGCAGGAUGUAGGCCGAUGAUAUGUGUUGAUGCAUGUUUCAUUAAGACGAAAUGGGGUGGGCAGUUGCAUGCCGCAAUCGGCCGUGACGGUAAUGAUGACAUAUAUCCUAUUGCAUUUGCGGUAUGCGAGACCGAGAACAAGGAGACAUGGACAUGGUUCUUGGUCCAACUGUUGGAGGAUAUUGGGCUACCGCGGGAGCAUAUGUGGUCGUUCAUGUCGGACCGACAGAAGGGACUAAUCGAUGCUCUGGAGGAUCUAAUGCCCGGCCUCGAGCAUUGUUAUUGUGUUAGGCACCUGCAUGCAAACAUGAGGGGGAAGGGAUGGAAGGGGAAGGAGUUCAAGGACGCGUUAUGGGGUGCAGCUAGGGCACCCAAUGAAGUCCAAUUUAAGUACUACCUCUCUGUCAUUGAAGGUAUGGACAAAAAAGCUCUCGAGUACAUUGAGGGGGUUGACCCAAAAAUGUGGGCAAGGCACGCAUUUCGAACCACCAGCUGCAGCGACAUCUUGCUAAAUAACGUCGCCGAGAGCUUCAAUGCUUGGGUGUUGGAAGCAAGAGGCCAGCUGAUACUAACUUGUUUCGAGACUAUACAGCGGCAGAUUAUGAACCGGUUCAGCAAGAAAAAUGCUGGGGCAGCAACGACACCGAAUGUAAUUUGUCCAAAGAUUGUGAAGAAGUUGGAGAGAAACAAGUUAGAGGCGAAGAACUAUAUUUGCCGGUGGAGCAAUCAGAUGCAGUUUGAGGUCGAUAGUGCCCAUGAGUCUCGGCGGGUGGUGGAUCUUCAAGGAAGAACAUGUGGCUGUGGGAGGUGGCAACUUAAUGAAAGUCCUAUGCCUCCGGGAUUUGUCCUAUGCCUGGCCCAGAUGAGUGGCCUGUUGAUGAGGGUGUGGAACCUAUAG